GCCAACUGCAGGGCUCGCCGGCCAUCCUGUCGAUUGGCAUUCUGCAGCCGUGCCUGCGCGCCGAGCAGCUGCUGGUAACCGUCGACACGCACACGGGCAUGCUGCAGUGCCAUGUGCCCCAGUACGAAUCACCUCUUGUCCCCGAUUUGCAAGCAGCGCUCAACGGCGACCACACCCGUCUGCCGGCGCUCAUCUCUGAGCUAAGAUACUGGAUGACAUGCCGUCGCUGUGAGAAGACGCUACAGCACCUGCCAGCGACGCCCCACGAGCGACUGCCUCUCCUGCACCGGCCGGACCACCCCAUGUCCAAGAUCGGCCGCCAUCGCAUGUUUGUCCGUCUUCAUCGCCAUCCCAACGUCAUACUGAUAGUGGAGCUGAAAGAAAAAGAAUCGUCACCUUGCGAGAUUGACUGUCUCUUCUACUUGGCGGUUGUGAAGCACUCUUCAAUUGAGGAUGAUCCUCACGAUGACUCAAUAGAAACUGAAAUACCAAAGAUGUAUUUGAAAGUCCAAACUCUUAUAGAGUUCGAUACGUUCGUUACCACUCAUGGUCCGUUCACUUCGGUUGAUGAAUGUGGCACCAGUGGAAAGCGGAAAUGCAUGAGUGGCCGUUCGGAGUCAGCGGCGAAACGCAGCCGACAUCCGGCCUACUUCAUUCCCGAACUGGCUCACGUCGUCGCACUCUGCGAUGAGAGGAUUCCUUUCGUUACCCUCACCCAAGAGCUGAGCCGGCGGGAGAUCGCACACCAAGGCCUGCAGGUGGAGGCGAAUGCGACGGCACUGGUGCUGCGAUUGGUGCAGCUGCCCCCUCCACCCUCACCCGCCCCGAUCCCCGGUUGGCAGGCCCUGCUCAAGCGCCUCCUCUCCGUCUCCAUCCGCGUCUAUGGCAAGGGCAACUGGCGCAGCUGGAUGGCAGAGUUCGUCAUGUAUGGCAGUCCGCUGGCCAGCACCAAUCCCAAGGAGCAAGGUAUGCGAAGGCCGGUCUGCUUCCAGUAUGAGAUGGGGACAGCUGAAAAUGUUUCGAAAACGGUUGAUGCUCUUUUGAAUGAUUGGGCCCAAAUUGUUCAUCUGUACUCCCUGGUUGAAGAUUUGGCUGAAUAUUUUAGAAUAGAAAAAUACAAUCUUUCAUCGAUGGUCACCAUCAAGUCGUACAGCUACAGUAAAUUGGUGCUGGCAUAUGGCAGAGAUAGAGGGGCAACUGUAACUGUCCAAUGGAACAGUACUUCCAAUGCGUUCACACUCAUCUUUGGUGGAACAAAUAGUGUGAACGCCCACUCUCUUGUGAGAGAGCAGUUGGAAGCUCAUCUGAACAGACAUCGUAACUUGGCUCAAGUUGUCCAUCUGCUGCAUGAAACUUACGAGCCACUAGUUUCUAUCAGCAAACUCCCAACAAUCCCUCAACUGGGCGUACAUAAUUCAAGACCGCAAGUUCCAGUUCAGACGUUCACAGUGAUACCUCAGUCACCCACUCUGAUCCGACUGGCCUACCAAGGCAUGUACUGCCUGGAGCUGCGCCUCAAGGGAGGAGGCCUGGUCAGUCUGCGGGAUGGAGCCUACAGUCGCUUCGACAGGACCAGUGUUGUCAAUGAAUUCACUCCCACACCUGCACUUAAGACAUUCCUUUCGAAAUAUGUGGAUGAAAGUGCAGUGUUCAGGCGGCGUUCUCAGUCGGAGGACGAUAACCCGCCUUCGCCGGUGACAAUGGACUCGAGCGAGGGUGGGGGCGGGGGCGGUGGCUUCCUGAGUGGCCACCACCGGGGGCCGCAGUCGCCCGCCCAGCAACGCGAAGGCCUCCGCUUCCAUCCGCCCCUCACGCCGCCAUCUGGAAGCAAUCCUCACACACCUGCCAGUCCUCACACUGCCAACAUAUCACAGUCGACUCAACACCAGAGCUUCGGUUCGAGUCCGGCGACCUCGUUCAACCUGGCCUCGCCGCCCUCUCUGCCUCCCAACAUCAACCCCUCCCCCUCCAUGCUGCCCCACCCCUCGCCCAGCUCCGGCCUCCUCGCCAACUCCCCUUCCAACCCCCUGCACGUGCCCAGUCCCAUGCCCACUAACUCACCCGGGCCCAGUGUGCCGCUUGGCACCUCGCCUGCCAGCUCUUUCAUCCAGCAAGGUCACACAGACGGCAGUCCGUUUCCGUCGUCACAGAGCAUGACGUCACCGGCCGCCUCCAAUUGGCCCGGCUCUCCAGGCAUGCCCCGCCCCUCCCCCCGGCCUGGUCAGUCCCCCGGCCACCCUCAUCCUGCUCUUCACAGUCCUGACCACAAAUCUGGUAUUAGUCAAUUUUCACGAGUCCUGCCUCAACGGUCUUGGGCUGGAGCUGUGCCCACACUCAUCACCCACGAAGCUUUGGACCAGCUGUGCACACCCUCUCCCCACCCACAAGGCCUGCCCGGCCCAGAACUGUGUCCGCUUGAGAGAUUCCUCGGCUGUGUCUACAUGAAGAGGCAGCUGCAAAGGUUCAUCCAAAAUGAGGAUUGUCUUAUUCAAGUUCCUACAAAUGAGCCGGGUGUGGUCAACUUCAAAGUGGACUCUCUCGUAUGCCGCGUUUGUCUCAAUCCUCAACAUCUACAGUCAUUACACAUCAAAGUGCAGAGUCUAGGAGACCAUAAAGAUCAAUGGACAAUGGAAGAACUCCAGGUUAUUGAGAAGUUCUUCGAUACAAGAGCAGCAGCACCACCAUUUAAGCCAAACGCACUCAAUGGAUUUGGGAAAAUGCUCAAUUUCCCCUACAACGUUCUCAAAGACUUUGUGCAGAUAUUGAAACUUGAACUGUUUCCAUCUUUGGUUCAGCAACAGCAAUUGAAGUGGACAGUGCAGUGGUGCUUGAGGAUGCCACCUUCGGCCAUGCCCAUUGUUCCAACUGGAAUGGCUGCAGUACUUGUGUGUCGCAACAAAAUACUUUUCUUCCUGCAAAUCACACGAGUGAUGGGCAUGCAGUACGGCGGUGGGGAGGGGGCGUCGCUGGUGCUGCCUCUGGUGUACGAUGUGAGCACUAACAUCACACAGCUGGCCGAGAAGCGUGACCCGGGUCCGGCCAACGCCAUGACAGCCGCCAGCUCUCAUCUGAAGCGCUUCUUCGAGCGGCCGCACAAUCACAGCGAGUGCUCCAUCUUCCCCGCCGUCAGGGAUCUGCUCGCCAAUCUAGUGCUACAACCAGAUCCGCAGGUUGUAUCGUCACCUGGGAUGAUGGGCGGUCCGGGAAGCGGUCAGAUGCAGUCUCCUGGCAUGAUGCAUUCGCCAAUGAGUGUUGUGGGCCAACCAGGGGGGCCUGGCGGAUAUCCGAUGGGCAUGCCCCCCAUGGGCCAGCAUCCAAUGAUGGGGCCCCAAUGAGAGCACGCCCUUCCGUUCUCAUUAUUCUCACAAUUCAAUAUGGGAAGGUAAUUAUGCGAUUGAGGAAUUCGUGUGAGGUGAUACAUCUUUUGAUCUCAACUCUUGGGACUUGAAGGGACAACAGGGACUGGAAGGUGAAAUUCAGAGAAUAAGUGCUGUAAAUAUUUUUCCAAUAGAGCUGAAGAUUUAUAUUUAAUAUAAUAUUAAAAUUAUGUAUUAUUUUGAACAUCACUAGUUUAAGCAUUAUAGGUUCAAUUUACUGGUCAAUAUUUAAUCAUUUAUUUUUCCUAGAAGUCAACAUCACUAAAAGUUUAGUGCAGCUCCAAAAGGAAAUUGUUGUUGGGAAGGUUAUCAUGAGAACCUCAUUAUUCUACAGAUGGAAAUAAAUGAGAAAUUGCAUUUCUUCAUGAAUUUGAUUUUGUAUUAAUUAUAGAUUCAAAGCAUUCCUUUCAUGUUCAGGCAUUGUCUCUUUUCAUCUUAAUUUUUUGUUAUUUUUAUGAAUUAAAUUCUCAAUGUAGACUAUUAAAUUAAAAAAUCUCAACCAGCUAUUGCAAUCGAUUAAUCUGUAAAGAAUUAAUUGAUAUUUGUAUAUACUUAAUGAAUGAAAUAAAUAUAAAUUUCAAAUAAUAAUAUGAUAUUCCUUUUUUGUUAUAUAAUUCAAUAUUUUUACAUGAAUCAUGAUAUUUCAAAAUUCAUGAAUCUCCUGUUGAAAUUCGAAUAAUUGAUACUUGAUAUUAAGGAACUAAUUUGGAUAUAAAGUUGAAAAAAUGUAACUAACCUUAUAAAAAAUGAAUUUUAGUUUAAAUUUUUUUUAUUUGAACUAUUUUUUUUUUAAAUAAAUUAUAUUAUCUUCGUAAUUUUUGUAAAUAUAUUUUUUUCUGCGUAAAUUUAAGUGAUCAUAAAUUAAUGUACUAUUCAAUUUCACAUUUUAAUUGAUUAUCGUUUUAAAUGUUAACAGAUGUAGCUUUAUAAGUUGUUACUGUAAUAAUUAUUUAUUUUAAGUAACUUAUCCAAUGAUUAAAGGUGUUAUACGUAUACUGAUUGAA